AGUCGUUGAUUUCUUGUCGCUACGUUCGGUCUCAAAACUUUAUUAAUUUUUUACAUACAUAUUUUUUUGCAAAGAAAGUUAUUUGUUGAAUUGGAAACAAAAUACGAUGCUGUGAUAUUUAACAAAAAAAAAUAAUAAAAAUAUUAUUCAGUCUCAGGUGUUCAGCAAUCAGUGUGCAAUAUAGGAAUAAAGAGAAUAAAACAAAAAUUAUUGUCGUGAAAAAUAAAACCAGUGAAAGAAAAAAAAGCUAUUGAAAAAGUAUCAAGAACAAAUUUGCAAGUCUAAUCACAAAGAAUAAUAGAGACUUAAAUAUGCGACUGAUUAUAUUAUCAUCACAGCUGCUGGCUGUAUUAAUUACAAUAAUUCAAUGUGAUGCAAGAUCGACACGCGUAACAGCUCAAUAUACAGUCGCCGAUGAUACCGAUAACACGCAGAGAACGUUUCGUGGCAAAGGAAUUGUUGAGGAUGCAUCGUUUGAUGAUGGAAUAUUGACGAAAUAUAAUUCGAGGCCUUCCAGGAAUCCACCAUCCAGAGGAACUAAGAAGAAAGUUCAUCACCCACCAAGUUCAGACUAUGAACAGAUAAGCUUCCAUCCCGAUAACGUUCCAGAAAUCUUUGCUGUUAAAGGAAAAGUCAUCGAUGGUGACAUAACAGUUCCAACAAGAUCAUCAUACAAGUCAUAUCCAACACAACAACGUGUUAAGAAUGUUGGAAAGGCAAAGGUUCAGUCAGUUUCGUUACAACAACAAUUUCGCUUUCCAUCAAUUAAGAAUGAAGAAAUAUUUGAGACAAAGUUACAAGAAGCACCGACGACACUCCAUUCGAAAAAGUUUAGACCUGAAACAGCUGAAAGACCAAUUUACAGCUACAGUACGAUUAAAUUCAACGGCGAUGAGAAUCGUGAGGAAGAAGUUUUCCCAAAGACGCUUAAAGGAAAACCCCCAAAGCGAUCAACAGCUACUUUCAAUCUUGAACAAAACUUUGGUGCACAGCAAACAAAAUUCGACACAAUCAUUGACCACAGCAAUGUACAAUUUGAUUCCAGUGGCUUUCAACCAUCAACACAAUUCCAAUUUCCGACAACAACGAAAACAACAACAAGAAAACACAAAACACAUCCUCCAAAGCAGCUUUUCAAAUCCCCAGAAGAUGAAUUUAAAGAUUCUGAAUUCUAUGACUUUUCCAUUCGUCCUCGUCCAGGUCAACAACCGACAUCCGGAAAGUAUGAAAAAUUCUCAACUGAUUUGGGUGUAAAAUCAUUAGCAAUAAAGCCACAUAAAAAUAAAUUUGAUCCACCACAAGUCCACAAUGGAGGAUUUAAGCCAUCAUACAAGCUCAAGGACAUUACAAAUCUUCACAGUGGUGACAUUGGACAAGGAGUCGCAUCGCCAGGACAAAUAAAGACAUUUUACGAUGCAGUUGAUUCAGAGCGUGACGAACGUUAUGCAUUAAAGCUCUCAAGUGAUCCAAGUCCAACAUCUAAAGCACAACUUGCACAAUUCCUAAGGGCAAAGGAGGAUGAGAGACUUGAGAAGCUCGUGGAAGAGCAAUUUAAAUUGCAUCAACAAAAGCAGCUUCAGCAUGAGAAGGAAGCAGAAUUGAAACAUCAGCAAUUGUUGUUGCAAAGACAAAAGGAGAAAAUAAAGCAUGUCGAGAAGAAUUUAAACAAUAAAGUCAAUCAACGUCCAAAGCGACGACCAAACCAGCAAUCAAAUUAUUCAAGACGUCAACAGAGAAACCCAUCACAAGUUGGAUUUAGUGUAACAGGUGGCGGUAAGGCUGCAGUGCCCAUGAGAACAGUUAAAGGAAAGGAUGGAAGUUAUCGUGUGAGCUUUAGCAUCUAAGAAGAAUUGUAAGGAAGGAUAAAGUUUUCGAGAAGAACUUUUUGAUUAUUAUUAAUAUUGUUAUUUCUUAUCGUUACUUGUUGUUUUGUAUUUGAUUACUCUAUGUAUUCAUGUGCAUAAUAUGGAUAUAUUUUUCUGUAUUUCUACGUGACUUGGAUAUUUUGUAUGAGACAGAGUUGUUGACUUAUAGACUUGUUGUAAGGUUUCAAAAAUGGAUUUGGUUCCUCUCAUCCUUGAGAUUUGAGAUCAUUUAAACUCAACUCCCAACUCUGUAAUGCAAUUGUAAUGAAAUUUCGUGUUUUCAUUCUGAAUUAACGAAUAUCAUGAAUAUCCAAGAAUGAUUCUGAAAUCAGGUAAUGAAGCAUAAAAAAACUUUUUCAUUUCUUCCACUUGAAGAUGACUUUUCUACUAGAAUUAAGGUUGAAUGAUCAAAAAGAAAAAAAAGGUUUCUUUUUUGAGAAUAAGAAU